AUGCGAAUUAUGUCAAAUUUGUUGAUGAUGCUGAUUUGCACCGGAAACAGUCGAAAAGAGCUGCUAGAUGAGGAAGACACCGUUCUCUAUCGACCGCUGUAUGUGCGCAUGGCCGAGCAGCAACGUGUUUCCACCACAGAACGUGUCACAGCACCGAGUUUUCAACAGGAAGUGGGCCGCUUUGAUAAAGCUGAGCCAUUCGUGGAGCAGCAGCAGGCGGAUGAAAACGAUAUGCUUCUGGAGCAUCAUCGUGGAGCGCACCAGCAGCAGUAUCCUUCAGUGCAUUUGCCCGCCUCGUACAUAACAAAUUUGUCAAUUAGCAGGUGUGCAUCAGAAUAUAGUCAAAUUUCCGGAGACGAUGUAUAA